AUGCCUGGCUCACGGCGUGGCUUGGUUGCACCUCAAAAUACCUUCCUUGAAUCGAUCAUCCGCAAAUGCAGUGGUGCCCACACCGCGUUCAUACUAUCUAAUGCUCAAAUAGUCGAUUAUCCAAUAGUUUUUUCAAAUGAUGGAUUUACAAAAAUAUCGGGUUAUUUAAGAGCUGAUCUGAUGAAUAAAAGUUCAACGUGUAAUUUCAUGUAUGGUGAACUAACUACCGGCGAUACACAAGCAAAAAUACGUGAUGCAUUAGAAAAUUGUCAUAUUGAACAGGUCGAAGUUCUUUUAUACAAAAAGAACAAAACUCCAAUAUGGGUAUUUAUGCAAAUAGCUCCAAUAACAAAUGAACGCGAUACAGUGGUGAUCUAUCUGUGUACAUUUACAGAUAUUACUGCACUUAAACAACCUAUUGAAACUGAGGAUACGAAAGGCGGUCUUAGUAAAUUUGCACGUAUAGCAAAAUCGGUUACAAGAAAUCGAUCAAUAUUAAUGAAUUUUGCUGCACCAAAUGCUAAAUCAACUCAUACUGAUUCAACGAAACCAUCUCAAUUACCUAAUUUACUAAAUUUGAGUGCAGAAGUAUUGCCAAGUUAUCGACAAGAAGCACCAAGUACACCACCACAUAUAAUUCUUCAUUAUUGCACAUUUAAAACUGUAUGGGAUUGGGUGAUACUUUUGUUAACAUUUUAUACAUCACUAUUAGUACCAUAUCAUGCAGCAUUUCGAAGUAAAUCAUUAGAUGAUGUGCCAUUACUUGUUGUUGAUAGCAUUGUUGAUGUUAUUUUCUUUAUUGAUAUUAUAUUAAAUUUUCAUACAACAUAUGUACACACAAAAUCUGGAGAAGUUAUAUCUGAUCCCAAACGUAUUCGGAAAACUUAUUUAAAAAGUUGGUUUGUUAUUGAUUUAUUAGCAUGUUUACCAUAUGAUGUUUUUAAUGCAUUUCAAGAAGCUGAAGAAAUUGAUAUAUUUCAGCGCUAUGGAAGUAUAUUUUCAGCAUUAAAAGUUUUACGUCUACUCCGUCUUGGUCGUGUUUUUAGAAAAUUAGAUAAUUACUUAGAAUAUGGUGCAGCAGUACUUUUAUUAUUGAUUUGUGUUUUUGUACUUGUUGCUCAUUGGUUUGCUUGUGUAUGGUAUACAAUCGGAUUUCGAGAAGGAAGGGGCGGUUCUGGUAAACGUGUAUGUAUCGAUUAG